AUGAGCGAUCGAAGCGGCCUUUUAGGGCUCUUUCCUGCUCUUGAGCGCAGGCAGAGCACACAACAAUCGGACAACUCUAGUGCCCUAGGUUAUAACGAAGAAAAGAGCCCAGGGGUCCAUGGAUUCGAAAGUGCUGAAAGUCUCGACAAACAGUUUCUGCGAGAACUGCUCUCUGAAUUCGACAAACAUGAUUCUCUAGACUAUAGAGACCAAGCCAAGGAACACAACUUCUAUCUGAGUGAGCUAUUCGCCAAGAAAACCGGGAACUUGGGAGCAGAAGUGCUAGGCAGCGAUGAAGUUGAAGAUUUUAAAACAUAUAAUAGAAAGGUUCAGCGGGAGUAUGCGUUGAGAAGAAAGAUGGAUGACAUUCUGUUGCAACGUAACCUGCAGGAACCGUUAGAAGUUCUAAGCUCAGAUAUUUUGAGCGCCAAGUUUACAGCCGGCGAAGAAAGUAGUGGUUCAGAUUUCGGCAUCAUAAGGAAAGGUCAGGAAAUGGCUAAUUUUCUGUUGUCUCCGUCGAAACCUGCGAAAACGGCUUAUAGAUCGCGACCUUUCAGAGUACAGUCUAAUGACACGCAAGUUAUUGAUCUAGAACACAACGACAUUGGUGGAAUUGACAAGCAGCCGAGCUUACGAUUUCCAGAGUUCAGCAGAUCGCUUCCGACUUCAACUAACAGCUCAGAAUCGAGAUCCUCUACAAGCUGGUGGAGCAAGAUCGUUUCCGCUUGGAACAAUUCCGAAAAUAACUAUUCAUUGCAAAGAAAACUUGAGAGGCGGCAUUUACAGGCCCUAGCCAUUGGUGCGACUAUGGGGGUGGGGCUUUUCUUGAAUUCUGGCAAAGCACUAUCUAUAGGCGGACCAUUCGGCUCAAUCAUUGGCUUUUGUCUUUGUGGAAGUAUCGUGCUGGCCACGAUGCUUUCUUUUACAGAAUUGGCAACAUUAAUUCCAACCUCCUCUGGUGUUUCUGGCUUAGCAUCCAGAUUCGUGGAGGACGCCUUUGGAUUUGCACUCGGCUGGAUUUAUUGGCUCACCUAUGCGCUCACUUUUGCAAACCAAAUUGUAGCCAGCAAUUACAUGCUGAGUUACUACAAGAGUACUCCAUUAACAUCAGGCGCUAUGGUGGGAUUCAUAACUUUAUUCCUGAGCAUAGCCAUUGCAGUAAACUUACUUGACGCUCGACUUAUGAGUGAAAUCACAUAUGGAUUCACGUUCUUCAAGAUAUUGGUGACCUCCAUGAUGAUUUUUGUGAUGGCGAUCUUGAACGCUGGUGCAGGACAUCAGACACAUCCACGAGUGGGGUUCAGAUAUUGGGAUGCAUCGAAAUCACAAGGCAAUUUAACGUUCGGUUUAUUCCGACCGACAUUUGACCUUCGAGACUUGGGUACUGGUAGUCUUAAUGGAAUUGGUGAUGCAAAGGGGCGGCUACUUUCGGUGCUGGUGGUGCUUACAAUAUCUUCUUUCUCCUACAGUGGAGUUGAAGUGGGUUUCGUCGCAUGCGGCGAAGCCAUGAACCCUAGACGGUCUUUGCCCUCCGCGACCAAGCGAACAUUUGUUACAAUUCUUGCCCUUUACCUGAUCUCUAUUUUUGUUAUCAGCCUGAACAUAUACAGUGGCGAUUCGGGUCUUUUACGUUACUACACAUCUGCGACUGAAAUGCCUGAUAAAAGUUUGGUUUCUGAGUUCAACACAUCUUGGCAAAUCUCUCAACGGUGCUCGGGCAAAAAGGAAUUGGUGAGCAGUGAUUACAGCAAUGGCAGCCAGAGUCCCUGGGUAUUGGCUUUGAAAAGUUUUGGACUGUGUACCUUUUCGUCCAUUUUCAAUGCGUUUCUGGUCAUUUUUGGUGUGUCCUCUGCGUUUUCUUCACUUUAUGCAUCUAGCAGAACGCUUUAUGCCAUGGCAACACAGGAAAAGGCCCCUACUAGCUUUAGGCGCUGUUCUCGUCGCGGUGUGCCUUAUGCUGCUGUGCUUUGUUCCGGUCUGUUUGGUACUUUGGCAUACCUGGCUUUGAACUCGCGGUCAUUGGAGAUAUUUCAGGUACUGGCCAACAUUUCAGGAGCUACCAUCUCGAUUAUAUGGCUGGGACUCAACGUUUCGUUCUUACGCUUCUACUACGCAUUGAAGAAACGACCGGACAUUAUUUCUCGUGCAGAUCCGUCGUACCCAUACCGGUCGCCCUUCCAACCUUUCACUGCAUGUUACGGACUUUUUGGAUCCGUGGUGAUUGUACUGCUGAUGGGUUUUGUCAACUUUUUGCAUGGGUUUUGGAGCACCAAGAUGUUCUUCUCGUCUUACGGCGGGCUACUAUUCUUCGGUGUUACAUACGUUGGCUAUAAACUGCUUAAAAGCUCUAAAAUCCAAAGACUCGAUCAAUUGGAUUUGGACACAGGACGUCGCGAGAUGGAUCGAAUGCGUUGGAUAGAGCAUCGGGAGUAUACUGGAUCCUGGAGAGAACGGAUCAAGAAAAUGGUGUCAUGGCUCUUUUGA